UCUUUAUCACACGUUUUCGCUUUGUCCCUGGCAGGAAAAAUACAUAUACAACAAUUUUGCAGUGAAAAUAUUUGGAAAAAUUGGAAAAAUCACCUCACAAGUUUUAAAAAUCAAAGAAAUACAAACCAAUUCAAUAAAAUAUGUGUAGCGUUUUAGUGUAUAUAUAGUUACAUACAAACAAUAUUGCAAUCGAAACAUGUUUGUGCAAAACUUUGCAAACGAAUGCGGAAACAAUGAUGUGAUGCCUCAAAUUGUAAUUCCUUCAAUUUUGUCCUGCAAAACAAGGACCAAGUGGUGGAUAACGACGACGACGACGAUAAAGACAGCCAGCCAACAAACAAGACAACAAGUUGUUGGCGAAUGAAAUUUCUUUUUUACACAUCCGCUGGUACACCAUACCGUUUGCGGUGGCACAGGAAUAUUUUGUUUGUGGCAGACAUAGUUUAAGCAUUGCAACAUGCAGUGGUAUUUUGGUAUAUUGGCUAGACGGCCCUAUCUGAUGGUCUUGUUUAUCAGUGUAUUCUGUACGGCGUGUAUUAUUGUAUCAUUGACAACGAACAAUUUGCCGGAUUUUACUGAUCCAACAUUGGGCUUUGAAACUCGUGGAACAGAAAUCGGUAAACGCCUGAUAGCUUGGCAUAAUCUUAUCCAGGAAACUGGACCAUCAAAUCUAUUGGUGGAAAAUCCCAGCGAUUUGCAACCUCCUUCGGAAAGAAAUGGCUUUGAUUAUCAGUCACUGGCCAGGCAAAAGAAUCGCCGCAAUCGUAAACGCAAAAAUCGCAAACCCAAAAAGAAUAAACAGCGAAAUAAAAAUAAAACUGAUUUGGCCAAUGAAAUUAUGACAUUUAAGAAACGUUUGAGACACAAAAACCACAAUGCCAAUAGAAAUCGAACACAACAAGGUGAUCAGCACCAUUUAAAUUCAUCAUCAGGAUCAUCAGCAUGGCAUGGUGACCAUGGUAUAUUUAGAGACUAUGAAAUAACCAAUGAUUCCGCAGCUCUGGCCAAUGUGUCGAAAGCCGAAGAGGAGAGCAUAUAUGGCCUGAAUAAAACAUUUGUCGAAGAUGAUGAGGCUAGUAAAAUUAAAAAGAGUCGUUGGACUUUAUUGCAAAAAGCCGAAUUGCCCCCAGCACCGGAAAGUGAGGAGAAUAUUCGCCUGCCCAUUGAGGGUUAUUUUUGCGACUCGCCUGCCAAAGAAUAUUCCCACUUUGUUGUUGAACGUAUUGGACCGAAUGCCACCGAUUCCCUUUUCGAUCUGAAUGGCAUUUUGGCCAUGUGCCAGUUACAGGAACAAAUAACAAAAGUUAAAGAUUAUGGAGAAUAUUGUGAUCGGGAAAUGCUUAGCAAUAAUUGUUGUCGCCCCUGGUCAUUGCCCAACUAUGCUGCAUUAUUGGCCAAUAAAAGUUCCUGUUUUGAUUUGACGCAUGAGGACAUUUUAUUGCUGCAAAAUCUCUUGCUAACCUGUUUCGAAUACUUCCAUGAUUUGAAGCUAAGCAAUGAUUGCAGUGAAAGACGUUGUUAUGCACCCAGUGAGUGCACACGCAAGAAUAUUGUAUUUAACAUAUUACACUAUUUGACUGAUAUUAAUAUACUAAAGAUAAAUGAUACCAACAUAUUCCUAAAGUACUCCAUGAUUUUUGUACCGGUAUCGCAUACAAGACAAAUUUUACCAUUAUUUCAUGAGUGGGAAAAAGUUGACUUGAGCAAUGAAAUCGUCCGUGUUGCUGCCAUGGACCUGGGUUUGGAAAAUGAACUCUUCAAUGAACUGCUGCUAACCGAUGUCUGGCUAGUGGCACUGGGCGGCAUCUUUGUUAUGACAUGCAUGUGGCUGUAUACCACAUCACUAUUUGUUACUAUAAUGACUUGUAUUGCUGUGAUAUUUUCAUUAGGUUUAGCAUAUUUUGUUUAUACUCUAGUAUUUGAAAUGUCCUUUUUCCCAUACAUGAAUUUAUUGGCUGUUGUAGUUAUCAUUGGCAUUGGUGCUGAUGAUGCUUUUAUAUUUGUCAAAAUAUGGCAGUGUGUCCUGACGGAACGUUUUACAAAAACCUCAACAGUUACCACAAAAUCCCUGGCCAAUCCAGAAUCCGAACAAACAGAAACAUUGCAGAAUUUAAUGGCUCUAACGCUGAAGCAUGCGGCAAUUUCAAUGUUUGUCACAUCCAUUACCACCACCGGGGCGUUUUAUGCCUCCUAUACAAGUUAUAUAACGGCCAUCAAAUGUUUUGGUAUCUUUGCCGGCACAGCGGUCAUCACAAACUAUUUCCUUAUGGUUACCUGGCUGCCGGCCUCCAUUUCAAUAAUGGAACGUUUUACAUCCAUCACGACCUGUAGUAAAUUACAAAUUCAAAAAUUCCUCAUCAUGAUCAAUAAGUCAAUUAAUAGUUUCUGUACAAAACUUGAACUAUUUAUAACUGCAACAAUUUUGAAUUAUGCCCCCAUACUCUUUACCCUGUUUGGUAUUAUUGGCAUUUGCUGUGGCCUGGUGGUUCUAUACAAACCCGGUUUACAAUUACCCGAAAAUGCCCACUUUCAAUUAUUUGUAUCAAAUCAUCCAUUUGAAAUUUACAAUUCAAAAUUGAAACAUGAAUUUUGGUUUGAGAAAACAAUGGCGAACUCCGAAAACUAUAAAAUGCCAUUGCGUUUUGUUUGGGGUAUAAAACCAGUAGAUGAUGGCGACUAUGAUAACCCAUUUGCCUAUGGAAACUUACACUAUGACAAUAAUUUUAAUGUGUCUACGAAGGCUGCACAAAUUUGGCUCUUACAAUUUUGCCAAAACCUAAGGCAACAGCCAUUUUAUCAGCUAACAUUUGGCAUGCUGCUGCCGAAUUGUUUUAUAGAAAAUUUUAUAACUCUCAUGGAAAGGAUGUGUGUCAACAGUAUGGACGAUACAGAUCGCACUCCAUGUUGUGACAUCUCCAAAUUUCCCUAUGAACCCGAAGUUUUUGAUAUAUGUUUACCACAGAUCAUAUCAUCACUGUAUGCCACGCCAAGGGAAUAUUUUUGGCCUGGAGUGGCUGGUCCCAAAUUCAUGGCAUCACCUAGGACAUUAGACAUUAACAAUACAUUGUUGAGUGAGGAAAUUUCCCCAAAUUCCACAUUGGAGUCAACCGUGGCCAAUGUAACAACCACCACGCCCCCACCCAUUGUCAAAGCUUUGGUUGUGGAAUUCGAAUCGAAUGUUUCAUUCUCCACGCACUACGACAAAGUGAAACAAUUUGUUGAAGAUGUAGAGACUUGGUUUCAAGAUGAAUUAAAAACAGCUCCGCCUGAAAUGCAAGAUGGUUGGUUUGUUAGUGAUUUAAAGUUUUACGAUGUCCAGAAGAGUCUGCCCACCUGUACUCUGGUGGCCAUCAGUGUGGCAAUGUCAGCCUCGCUGGUGGUACUGCUAUUGGUUACGCUGAAUAUUUUGAUAAGCUUGUAUGCAGUGAUAACGGUGUUGCUUACCAUUUUUGUGACCGUGGCCAUACUAAUUAUGUUGGGUUGGAAGCUAAACAUUUUGGAGAGUGUUACGGUGAGCACAGCCAUUGGUUUGGCAGUGGAUUUUAGUCUACACUAUGGCAUACAUUAUCGACUGUCGCCCUCAUGUGAAAGGCUGGCGGCCACGCAAUUUUCUUUGUCACGCAUUAUUGGGCCCACAGCCAUGGCGGCCAUAACCACAGGGAUUGCUGGGGCCUUAAUGUUGUUCUCCAGUGUUUUGCCCUAUCGUCAAAUUGGCAUAUUUCUGUUGGUUGUGAUGUCCGUCAGCUGGAGUUAUUCCACAUUUUUCCUAAUGAGUCUAUUGAAGCUGUUCGGCCCGCAAUAUGGUUUUAUGCAAUUUCAAUAUCCUCGAGUCAAGAAACGCUCUGCCACAAAUGGUGGUAUUAAGUUUUAUGAACGUAAGCCAAAUUACAUAAAAGCCAGAGAACAAUUACUUACCCCCUCCAGUUCAGCGGUGGGGGAACUCAUCAAUUCCGAAUCCCAUGAACUCGAAUCACUAACCUCAAAUUCAAUGAUUAAAACCAUCUCUGGUACAGAAUGCUCAGCACAAAGUUUUUCUUUGGAUUGUGAACAUUUGUUGAACAACAAGAAGUCCAAUACGAAUUUGGCCUCACCCGUGGCCACCUCUCAUCACCAUCAUCAUCAACAUCACCCGCCAACACAAUAUCACAACAACAAGUGUAGAAAUGGCACGCCAGCGAAUGCAGCUUUGAAUUUAAAUGCCAGCAGUAGUGGGGGUGUUAAUAUUUCCAUAACCACCCCCAUUGAUGGCGGGAUCGAUGACAAAUUAGAUACGCGCAAGUUUGUAGAGGAGACUUCCAGUUAAGAAUAAGGUAUGUUUUACGUUUAUUAUCUUCUCCUACUGUUAAACUAGAACUAAAUUUGUAAUUGUAUUUGAAAAAAAAAAGUAUUUUGUAAACUAGUGUAUGAUAUUAGAAAAAAACACAAAAAGAUAACAAAUUAUUUGCAUAUAAUUGACAUAAGUUUAGUCCAUAAGCGUUGUUAAGUUAGAAAGGAAUUGUGAAUUCUUUUUAAAUUUUAGAUUUCAAUUAAAAAAAGACAAGAAAUUAAUAACAA